GGCCGCCUGGUUGCGAAGGUAGAGGCAAGUGUUUCCACUGACUGAAGCUGACAGCUUUACUAGUAAUAUUCUCCACGCAUACCUGUUAACUUUAGCUCGCAAAGCACAGGGCUAUCAUGUCAGCGCCGUAUUUAAUAAUGUCUCCACGUUAGCGGGGCCUCGUCGGGAGCCUUUGAGCUUAACUGCAGGACGCACGCAAUUGUUACAAUGCCAUCCCCGAUGGAGGGCUCGUCCAGAGGCGAGGGGGACCUCUUCACUGUGGUGAAACAUGAGCUGACAAACGCCAACCUGACGGGCCAUGUGGAGAGGGUGGGAAUUGAAAACUUUGAGCUUUUAAAGGUGCUGGGCACAGGAGCCUACGGCAAGGUGUUCCUGGUGAGGAAGGUGAGCGGCCACGACGCGGGCAAGCUGUACGCCAUGAAGGUCCUCAAGAAGGCCACCAUCGUGCAGAAGGCCAAGACCGCCGAGCACACGCGGUCUGAGCGGCAGGUGCUGGAGCACAUCCGCCAGUCUCCGUUCCUGGUCACGCUCCAUUACGCUUUCCAGACCGACACCAAGUUGCACCUCAUCCUCGAUUACGUCAACGGCGGCGAGCUCUUCACACACUUGGUGCAACGAGUACGCUUCAAGGAGCAGGAGGUGGCGCUGUACAGCGGCGAGAUUGUGCUGGCGCUGGAGCAUCUAAACAAGCUUGGGAUCGUGUACAGGGACUUGAAGCUGGAGAACAUUUUGCUGGAUUCAAACGGUCACAUUGUCCUCACAGACUUUGGCCUCAGUAAGGAAUUUGACCAGAAACAAGUGGAAAGAGCGUUUUCCGUGUGCGGGACCAUUGAGUACAUGGCGCCAGAAAUUGUGGAAGGAGAGUCUGGACAUGACAAGGCGGUGGACUGGUGGAGUCUGGGCGUCCUGAUGUACGAGCUCCUGACGGGUGGCUCGCCAUUUACCGUCGACGGAGACGAGAACGCCCCCACAGACAUCGCCAGGAGGAUCCUCAAAAAAGACCCUCCCUUCCCCAAAGACAUGUCGCCACUGGCCAAAGACAUCAUCCAGCGACUCCUCACCAAAGACCCAAAGAAGAGAUUAGGUUCCGGUCCAAACGGAGUAGAGAAUGUCAAGAAGCAUCCAUUUUACCAGAAAAUCAACUGGGAUGACCUGGCAGCCAAAAAGGUUCCCGCCCCGUUCAAGCCGGUGAUCCGGGACGAGCUGGAUGUCAGCAACUUUGCGGAAGAGUUCACAGAGAUGGACCCCACCUACUCUCCCGCCGCCCUGCCUCAGAACUGUGAUCGCAUCUUCCAGGGUUAUUCUUUCAUGGCCCCCUCCAUCCUGUUCAAGAGGAACGUGGUGAUGGACGACCCCGUCCAGCUGUGCGGUAGCUCGGAGCGUCCGGGCUCGGCUGCAGUUGCCCGCAGCGCCAUGAUGAAGGACUCUCCUUUCUACAUCAGCUAUGAGAUGGACCUGAAGGACAGUGCUCUCGGAGAGGGAAGCUUCUCCAUCUGCAGGCGCUGCACGCACAAGAAGACCGGGCAGAAAUACGCCGUCAAAAUAGUCAGCAAGAGGAUGGAGGCACAGACUCAGCGGGAAAUAGCGGCCCUGAAGCUCUGCGACGGCCACCCCAACAUCGUCAAGUUACACGAAAUCUACCACGACCAGCUCCACACGUACCUGGUUCUGGAGCUGCUCGGGGGAGGGGAGCUGCUGGAGCGCAUCCGCAGGAAGCAACACUUCAGCGAGACGGAAGCCAGCCGGAUCAUGCGCAAGCUGGUGUCGGCCGUCAGCCACAUGCACGACGUGGGCGUGGUGCACAGGGAUCUGAAACCUGAGAACCUGCUCUUCACCGACGAGAGCGAGAACUUGGAGAUCAAAAUCAUAGACUUCGGCUUCGCCCGCCUCAAACCGCCAGACAAUCAGCUCCUGAAGACCCCUUGCUUCACCUUGCAGUACGCCGCGCCAGAGAUACUCAAGUACGACGGCUACGACGAGUCCUGCGAUCUCUGGAGUCUGGGGGUCAUUCUGUACACCAUGCUGUCCGGCCAGGUGCCUUUCCAGUGUCAGGAGCAGAGCCUGACCCACACCAGCGCUGAGGAAAUCAUGAAGAAAAUCAAACAGGGCGAUUUCUCCUUUGAGGGCGAGGCCUGGAGGAACGUGUCGCAGCAGGCCAAAGACCUCAUCCAAGAGCUACUCACCGUAGACCCGAACAAGAGGAUCAAGAUGUGCGGCCUUCGCUACAACGCCUGGCUCCAGGACGACAGCCAGCUGUCUUCCAACCCGCUCAUGACCCCGGACAUCCUGGGCUCGUCAACCGCGUCUGUGCACACCUACGUCAAAGCCACCUUUAACGCGUUUAACAAAUGCAAACGGGAGGGCUUCCGCUUGCAGACAGUGGACAAGGCGCCGCUCGCCAAGCGGCGGAAGAUGAAGAAGACCAGCACCAGCACGGAGACGCGCAGCAGCUCCAGCGAGAGCACCCACUCCUCCCCCUCCUCCUCCUCCUCCUCCUCCUCCUCCUCCUCCUCCUCCUCCUCUUCCUCUGGGAGCCAGCCUCCAUUAGCUGAUGUGCCGCACUUGUGUUUGUUCCAAAAGAAAAUACCCUCCUCCUCCUCGUCACCUCUCUGUGUGGCUGGUUGCAAACUAGGAUAACGACCUAGCGUGGCAGCCAUAUUGGAAUGAUGGAGAUCCUUCCUAGCAAGGGGUUCUGUCCGUGGUGCUGAAAGGUCUCCGUUCCCCACCGGAGGGACUUCCUUCCCAUUUUAGCGUUUCAUCCGCUGCAGAAACUGUUGUUGCAAACGAGAAAACACAACCAAAAAAAAAGAGAAAAAGGCAACUCUGAAGGGACAGUACGGCCAAAUCCCCGCACAACGUUCCGGCUCGACGUUUUAGAAAUCUGUGAAGACCCCAAAGAACAUUUCAGUGCAGGUUGGCCACCUGCCAGCACGUUCUCAUGGGCAGGUCGUGGAACAGUCCUUGACUCCCUGCAAUAAGAUGGCGUGACGAUUUAGAGGAAACGGACAUGAAACAUGGACGACAAGUCGUCACAUUACAUCUUUAAAGGAAAAGUGCACAUCGUCCACUGGCCUCAUGUGAGACAUGAACACACGCAUUUCUCUUAUCUGUGCAUUCUAAAGUUACAAAAGCCGCUAAAAAGAGGCGGCUAGUUAAUGCACACAAUGACACACACCUAUUCGGCCUAGAAAGCCCCUGCUGUAAACAUCACCAAAAAACCUGCAGCAAGGUUUUAUGCUUUUCUAUCCAUGCUGUGGGCAUGCAGUAUAACUGGCACAUUCAUGAUGACACGCCAUCCUUAGUGUUGUGGUCAUUUGAAGCAUUAGCGGAACUUCCUUCCUGAGUGCACUGAUUUGACAUAGCAACAUAGAAGAAACGCUCCACCUAGCGUUAACUUUUCCAAACUCAAAAACAAAAACGCAGCUGCAAUAUGUAGCGUCACCUUUCGGCAUUGAUGAGUGAGUGAGUGUGCGGUGAAGCUCGCCACUACCCGUGUGGUGUGGCGAGGUGUCACUACGCCUGUGACGCAGUUCUUUGGCAUAACCAUGUUAAUAACAAUAAUAACAAUGUUGCUGUAGCUUGGUUAAUAUGCAGGCCACUUUAUGUAAUUGUAGCCUUGUUUUUUUCAUAAGGCUUUAUCGGUGCGCCACAUUCCGUGCGUUCCUAGCUGCCUCUUCUUAUCUUUAGUAGGGAUGUGCCGAUCAAUCGGCCACCGAUCAAUAUCUUCCCGACUGAGCCGUCUUUGUCCCGUACUGACACGAGAAUCCAAACUAGUCUGUAAAACCUCAUGGAUUCAGUUUGACAGCUUGACCCAGGCUACACCGAUCCAUGCUAACGUUAACGUUUAAUUGCUACCUUUUCGAACCUACACUUGGUUGUCUUGAACUAAAAAAGAAAUGAUUGAACGAUUUAUUUCCAAGACAUGCAGCCAAUGACAUUUGGUUUGGGUCAAAUAGUACAAAAAUCCUUUUACAAAAAUAAAAAGUGCACUUUUCCUUUGAAGUAGAGAUGCACAAUACCGUGCUUUUUCAAACCGAUACCAGUGACGUUCUGCGCCUCAAGACCGAUACGGUACCGAUAACCGAUGUUUUACAUCUGCUUUUUAAAAUUGAGAAUUAAGUGUAGUUUGUGAACACGUGGAGGUAAGAAGGACCGGAACAAAUGAGGUUUUGUUGAUUUGUCCUAAUAAAAUAUCAUGACACUAUCGCUACCACAUCACUCCUACCAGGACAGCCAGAGUAGAGCGGAGAGAGACACCUGCUGUGGCCCAGCAAGGUGCACUGUAUUCGGGCACAUGCUCCGAGCAGCCGGUGUGACGCCACGGCGGUCUCUGGCAAACCUUUUGCACUUUUCAAACGCUGCGGCGCCGGCGUUUCAGGUGGCUGAUAAUGUUUUUGUGAGCUCGAUUAAGGUUUUUUUCCGUUAUCGCAGAGCGUUUGGUGCAACCACGUCUUCAUCGGAAAGUGAAUGUUUGUUUGCACGUUACGACUGGCCGCCAACGUCACAGGCAGCUGAAAGAAGGAGUGCUUGAUUUGCUCCCGCGCGCAGUACAGAUCAUCUUGCCUCAUUGGAGCGUUUUUUAAAUGUAUUUUUAUCAGUUAUCUGAGCUAUUUUUAAUGUCAGUAGAUUUAUCGGUAUAACGCCAUAAUUCCCUCAUAUUGGUCCGAUAACUAUCGUGCACCCCUUCUUUAAAGCAUUACAGGUUAGUAUAUUUUUUCAACAUUCAUUAAAAAAAGAGGCUUUUGCAAGUAACACAAAAAAAUUGAGCGCUAAUUUUUGUAGCUAUUCUCCCGUGAGAACACGUUUGUGUGAGGCUGCCUGAUUUUCAUCAAUUCUGUUGAUUCCACGCAUCACAAAGUACUGUAGCAGUAAGUCCCUUUGCUCCUUCCUUCUACAAGCUUUAAAAAGGGAAACACUUUUCACUUGAACCCAUUUUAAUGCACGACUCAUCUUUCUUUGGUCCUUCACAUCGUCCACUGUGAUUGGUUGAGGCCUUUGCUCACAGGAAGAAGUACAUUACGUGCAUCGAGGCGCCUGUCUAACCCAAUUGUACCGACAGUACAGUAUAUUUAUUAACGUUUCGUUAGUUAUGCUGUAAACAACCAGAACAAAAACACACUGUACACCGCAAGAACCAGGCGUGGUGUUAUGGUGAGCGGCCGGUAGAUGGCAGCAUUGUGUCAACGUGUAAACGGCCUCCAAUUCUGUCCUUUUUCCCCCAUUUAAGUGACAAAACUACUGUAUUUAUUGUUGACUGAUGAAUUCACUGUCUGCAGUCUCCACCCCCUACAUGGCCAUUGCGUAACGUGGAAAUGUUUAUUUAAGAUUUCCAAGGUCCUUGGAAGUAUUUGUUUGUCAUGUUACAAUAAAAGGUUCCUUUAUGUUUACUAAAAGGUGCAUUUCACCAUCAUCUAUUUUGUGGAAUUAUUUUAUCAAGUGGUUAGUUGCAGGAAUAACAGUUUCACAAGCUAUCGUGAAGGCCAACAUGACGAGUUUAACGAUUCAUCCGUUAGAUUCUGCGGAUUCGAGACAUUAUUACAUAUAUUUUUAUAUCAUAUCUCCACAUUCUUUAUUUAUAUUCGUCGUUUUCCUAGCAGUAAAGGUAAUAAGAGUCAAUAAAAAUGAAUAUUCAUUUGUUUCCCAGCUUGCACCAAAACUGAACAGAAGAGGGCGUAGUUUAUCUGCAAAACAGCUUGACUCUUCAUGAUGAGCUUUAUAUCAAUCAUAACAAUGAUUUCAUCCAUAUUAAUACAUUUCAUAAUUGUUGUUGUAGAUUGGAUACACAAUAUUUUUGCUGAUCAAGAAUGCGCAUGCAUCUCCAUGCAAAUUUUAACUUCAAAAUUAUAUAGAGCAAUAAAAAUAUUAAUACAUUUAUUAAUUUGUAAAAUAAAAACAUUUGUGUGUUUUAGAUUUUCAAAAAAUCAUAAAAUUAAGUUGAAUUGUACUUGAAUGUUUUAUUUAUAUUAUCACUCUCCUUUUCUGAUUGGCUGGGAGAUGUCACAUGGUUCCACUGCCUUAUAAUGAGGUGUGUGGUGUCCCAUUUUGACAAUUUAUGUUACUUUGGCGUUGAUUGGAUUUGGAUUUUGACUUUUUGCCACACCCACACACACACACACACAUAGUGAAAAAAAGGCACCAUUUUACCUUUGCCCACACCCAAGGGGGCAGGGUAAGGAAGGCGGAAGUGAUAAGGGCUAGCCAUGCUAGUCUAAAUGCUAAAUGCUCAACUGCUGUGUUUCGCUGCCACGUUGUAAAUAAAAGCUGGCCUGAAGCAAGAGGAACGUUUCCUUCCUUCCUGAAGAGCAGUGCUCUAUUUCCCCUCCCAUCACUCCUCCUAUUAGUUUUUACCACUUCAUUCUCCAAAUCUCACAUUUUUGUUGCUUCAGUGUUGGCGUAAUAAAGGAAGUGGUUACAUUUUGGAGGUUUUAAGACAGAAGGAAAGAUGGUUUGUAUUUGUUUUUUGGCUUUGAUAGUGCACUUUUUCACUUUGCCGCUGUGUCCUUUUGGACAAUGGAGACGACGGAGGCUGCACUUCCACAAGUACUGGCAGCUCAGCUAAUUG